AUGCUAAAGGCAUCUAAAUUUUAUAGAACUCCGCGAAAACUACAUCCCGGUAACGACAGUCAAUCAGUGGUAACCAAAGGACGACGCAAGACGAAGCUGGCGGCGCCCAAAUCAAAAUCAGCGGCUGCGCUCAUUAAACGCAAAAACCGCAAUGUUCAAAAAAAGGAAAACGAUGGUACCGAUAACUUAAAUUUAACGAAGGAACCGUGUCAAUUUGUUCCCGUACGUCGUAAGCCUCUGGGUGAAUACAUGAAGUUGGAGGCACCGAUGUCUUCCCCAUCUCCGUCAAUGCAGGGGAUGAGAAUGAGCUAUGCAGCCGCCGUUGAGACUGGAUCAGGAGUUAAGGUUAUGAUAUCGCCGCGUCUGAAUAAACCAAAUACGAGUAAAUCAGGCAAGGGCAAAGCUAAUAAGAUAACCGCUGAUACAAAGUUUCGGAUAUUUGAUGAACAACCCAAGCCGCAUAUUGUUCGUGUAGAUCCCAAAAUGUUUCGAGCUGAUGUUGAACAAAAAUCAAGAAUGAAGAACUCCAAAUUAAAGAAACCAAUACCUCAAAAGACCAGCAAACCGCAGUUAAGGGUAGCGUUGAAAACUGAUCCAAAUGACGUUGAUAUUAAGGCGCUUAAAUUGCAAUUUAAGAAAAUGGACUGCAAUACUGCAAGUACUGCAACCGUUGCAAUUAAGGGCAAUUCAGUAUCAGCGUCUAGUGCACAGACGAGACACGUUGAGGAUUUACCGACAUUUGCGGAUUCUGUCAGUUAUUUAAGCUUUCAUCAUGAGCGAUUGCAGCGGAUAAUCAAAAAUCAAGAUAUUUGCGCAAUUUGCUUACAAUCACCAGAACCAAUGAAGGUACCACAAUUUGAGGAUAAACAUUUUAAAUAUCUCGAAGAUGCUGCACUUUUGGCACAAAAUCGCACCAUGCUCCGCUUGUGGAUGAACUCUGAUCAACUUAUAUGCUAGUAAACAAUUUUCACAUACAUAAAUUUUUAAAGUUAAAUUAGCUGAUAUUCUGUGUUAUAUGCCUGUCGAAAACUAAAUUAUCAUUGAAAUAAUGCGGUCAAAAUAAUAUUGGCUUGCUAACGCAACGUUCGAUUUAAUAGUCUUAUUUCACAACAUGUGGAUAAACUCUGCUCAACUGAUAUGCUAGUAAACAUUUUUUAUACAUAUAUU